UGAAACACAAAGAAAUCUAUAUUUUACUCAGACAUAUUAAAGCAAUGUUAUUCAAAUUUUUAUUUUACUCCCUUCUUCCCUUGUUAUUCUCCUUAGUGUUCCUUCUGAAAUGGUUGUCCACACCAAAAACAAAAAGUAAUCUACCACCUUCUCCAUCAAAACUCCCAAUUAUUGGAAAUCUCCACCAACUUGGAUUGCUCCCUCAUCACUCCCUCCAAUCAUUAGCUCAAAAAUAUGGCCCCCUCAUGCUGCUUCACCUCGGCAGCAAGCCAGUUCUCAUAGUCUCCUCUGCUGAUGCAGCUCGCGAAAUCUUUAAAACCCAUGAUCAUGCCUUCUCAAAUAGACCUAAAUCGAGCAUUGCCAAUAGAUUAUUCUAUGGUAAGGAUGUCGCUUUUGUUCCUUACGGAGAGUAUUGGAGGCAAAUGAGAAGCAUUUGUGUGCUUCAGCUUCUAAAUAACAGGAGGGUUCAGUCUUUUCACACUGUGAGAGAAGAAGAAACAAACCAUAUGAUGGAGAAGAUCAAACUGCAGUCUUCUUCUUCUUCUUCUUCUUCUUCUUCUUCACCAGUGAAUUUGACUGAGAUGUUUAUGUCACUCACGAAUGAUGUGGUGUGUCGUGUAGCCUUCGGAAAGAAGUACAGUGGAAGGGAAGGUGGUAAGAAGUUAAAGGCAUUGUUUGCAGAGUUUAUGGAGGUGUUGGAUGUUUUCAGUGUAGGGGACUAUAUCCCAUGGCUUGCGUGGCUAAAUCGUGUCAAUGGUUUGAAUGCUAAGGUGGACAAAGUUGCUGCUGAGCUUGAUAAAUUUAUGGAGGGUGUAAUUGAAGAGCAUAUUGAUCGUCAGCAAAGAGAGAGCAAUGGUGGUACGAAUGUUGAAGAUGGAGGCCAUGAGGACUUUGUUGACGUUUUACUAAGAAUUCAAAGACAGAACACGAGUACUGCCUUUCCUCUUGACAAAGACGGCAUUAAAGGUGUAAUCCUGGAUAUGUUUGCUGCUGGAACUGAUACUCCAUCGUUAGUCCUAGAAUGGACGAUGACGGAGCUCUUAAGGCAUCCGAAAGUGAUGAAAAAACUGCAGAAUGAGGUGCGAAAUGUAGCCAAAGGCAAAGAGGACAUAACCGAGGAUGAUUUAGAGAAAAUGCACUACUUGAAAGCAGUGAUCAAGGAGUCUAUGCGAUUACAUACUCCACUUCCAUUACUAGUUCCCCGAGAAUCGAUUCAAGAUGUCAAAGUAAUGGGCUACGACAUUGCAGCUGGCACACAAGUGUUUAUCAAUGCUUUGGCAAUUGCGAGAGAUUCGUCAGCAUGGGAAGGCUCUGAAGAGUUCCAGCCUGAAAGGUUCUUGAAAACUUCAAUAGAUUUUAAAGGGCAGCACUAUCAAUUUAUUCCAUUUGGAGCUGGGAGAAGGGGUUGCCCUGGAAUCUUAUUUGCCAUGACUCUUGAUGAGCUUGUAUUAGCAAAGCUCGUGCAUAAGUUUGAUUUUUCAUUGCCUGGUGGAGCAAAAGGCAAAGAUAUGGACAUGACUGAAGCCCCUGGUAUAAACAUCCACAGAAAGCAUCAUUUGCUCGCUGUUGCAACUCCAAGUUCUUGCUAGUCUGCAUAUUAAGUACUUAGUAGAUGAAAAUUUGUACUACGUACUACUCGUUUCAAAGCUCUUAUUCUCUAUCAUCAGUAUAAAUCUAAUCAGCUUUAUGUAAAAGUAGCCUUUAGGGGUUUGAAGCUUACUUACAUGUCCAACCCUUGUAAGUUAAAGCAAUAAAUAAUUCAACUUGCUGCUGGCAUGUUAUAUUAAGUGUAAUCCAAAAAUAAGGACAGAGUAACAAUGUUAAAUAUUAAUAGUUUUCUAAUA